AUGGCUAAAAUGAACAAUAGUGGCUCGGAAAGGAAGAUCAAGGCUAAAUUAAAUAAUAGUGGCUCGGCAAGGAAGCUCAAGACUAAAGUUCAUUACAAUCAAGCCGUGGUGGAUGGGGUUGUGUUGAACUUAGGCGAUGAUGUUUAUGUUCAGGUUAUUAAGGCUGUUGCAAAUUACAAAACAGAAAAACUUGUGCAAGAUAAGAGAGUGUUUCUUACAAAUGUGGAAGAUGAUAACUCGCUAAACUGUAUUUUGUCUAAAGUAAAUGUUUCCGUUGAAGGUAAAAAUAUGGCUUUAGAAAACGAGAAGAGAGUUAUACUACCUUCAUGUGAUUUCUUUUAUGACAUGACAUACGAGUUGGACCACUUUACCUUCUCAAAUGCUGAUGAUGAUAUUCACUAUGUCGAGAGUGAUGAAUCAACGAUCUCGAAUGAAGAUGAUUCAAAAUGUGGUGCUUCCUACAAGAAAGAAUUAGAUCUACUGGAUUUAUACUCCGGAUGCGGCACCAUGUCGACAGGGUUGACUAUGGGUUCCUCAUUGUCAGGUGUUAAAUUGAAAACUGUGAUAAAUGAAGCUGCAGAGGAUUUUUUGAGUUUGUUAAAGGAGUGGAGGAGGCUAUGCCAAAAGUUUGGACUCGUUUUCACAAAUGAGCCAAUAGAAUCUGAUAGCGAUACAGAAUAUGAAGAUGUAGAAGAGAGUAAUGGAUAUGAAAUUCCACCUGAUGAUUCGAGGUUGGAGAGUUACUCUCCAAUUGUUAUGGGAAUCCCAAGAAUGUUAAGGAAGCUGCAUCUGCGCUUCAUUUUAAGGUGCGCUGGAAGGGUUAUGAUUCAGAUGAAGAUACGUGGGAGCCUUAUGAUGGGUUACGACAAACUGAAGGAGUUUGUAACAAAAGGUUUCAAGAAGACGUGCAUAUUGUGUGUGGAGGUCCUCCAUGUCAAGGUAUCAGCAAUUUUUAACCGGUUUAGAAAUCCAGAAAAUCCGUUUGAAGAGAAGAAAAAUUGGCAAUUGGUGGUUUACAUGGAUAUCAUAGACUACUUGAAGCCCAAGUAUGUCUUUUUGGAGAAUGUUGUAGACCUUCUAAAGUUUUCAAAAGGAUUUCUUGCUCGUUAUGCGAUAGCACGUCUUGUAAACAUCAACUAUCAGACAAGACUAGGGAUAAUGUCAGCAGGUACUUAUGGAGUUCCUCAAUGUAGGAACCGGGUUUUCUUAUGGGGUGCUCAACCCACAUCGAAAUUGCCUCCAUUUCCUUUGGCAACUCACGAAGUUCAAACUAAAAAUGUCAUCCCUAAAGAGUUUGAGGCGACCAACUAUGAGAAAGAAGACAAAAGAGAGUACAAAACAAAUUCUAGGACAGACUUUCAGAAGUUUAUUAGACUUAAAAGAGCUGAUACACUAAUCUCAGUGGAUGGUGAAGACAACUUACAGCCACAAAUGCUUUUCGAUCAUCAACCUUUACGGUUGAUUGCUGAUGAUUAUGAAAGGGUUUACAAGAUUCCAAAGAAGAAGGUACAAAACAUAUAUAUCGAUUGGCGCAAUUUCAGAGACUUGGGAGGUGUAAUAAUAACCAAGGAUAAUGUUGUCCGACUUGACCUUUCGGUUAAGAGAGCAACAGUGAAGUCUGGAAACCCUUUGAUUCCUGACUACGCAUUGUCUUGUGAAGAUGGCAAAUCUCUAAAGCCGUUUGGUAGGCUUUGGUGGGACGAAAUCGUUAACACGGUUGUGACACGUGCCCAACCCCAUAAUCAGGUUGGAAAUGCUGUUGCUGUUCCAGUCUGGUUUGCGUUAGGCUACGCACUUGGGAUGGGUAGUCAAGGAUUGUGUGAUGAUAAAUCUGUCAUAGAGCUUCCUAUCAAGUAUCCUCAAUGUCUCGAGAAAAAGGAUGAUGCUGAUUAG